AUGAGGAAGAAAAAACGGGAAUUAAUAAAAAAUCUACGUAUAGCCAAAGCUCUAGGCGACAACCACCUUAGUCAUCAGCUAGCUAGGGCGUUAAGGUCAAUCCUUAAAUUAAUUCAAGGAAUAUCGGCACAAACUGCAGAAUAUCGCGGUAAUUUUGACCGGGCCAAACAGGAAGUAGAUUUUGAUAAAAACCCUUUUGAGUAUUCGAAAACCAUUUUUAAGAAAGAACGCGGACAGCUUCUCUUGACCAACGAUCAAAUUUACGACCAUUUCAAGAGCACAUACGAAGUGCCUAAAAGUGUAAGGCUCUAUACGGAUCCAAACGAACAAAAACCGGAAAUUCCUCAUAUCGAUUUUCACGGCAUACCACCAACGUUAGACGAAAUAAGUAGUCACAUAAAGAGGAAAUCAUCUAAAUCUGCACCGGGCCCCGAUGGUAUCCCAUAUAUAGUCUUUAAAAAAUGUCCAUCGGUUCGUAAACACCUCAUAAAUAUAUACGGCAAAAUCUGGUCAAGGAAGCAAAUCCCGGAGUGUUUCGGGAAAGCAAUGUUUGUCCUCAUUCCCAAAAAAGAUCGAGUUACCGAUCCGAAAGAUACUAGACCGAUAGCCUUAACAAAUACAAUAUCUAAAAUCUUUUUCUCGGUCCUACAAACGAGAAUGACGCGAUUCAUGCUCAGCAACAAGUAUUUUAGGCCAAAUCACCAGAAAGGGUUUCUACCCGGGAUUUCUGGAUGCCUAGAACACAACACCUUGCUGUCGGAGAGUUUGAAAGAUGCUAGAAAAAGCGAGCGGCAAAUUACAGUUUGUUGGAUAGACUUAGAGAACGCGUUCGGGUCGAUACAACACGAGUUGAUGCUAUUCGCGCUUAGAUGGUAUAACUUUCCACCCUUAGCUAGCGAUAUGAUUGCGUCGUAUUACUCAAAAUUAAAGUUUUCUAUUAUAACUAAAGAAGGCCCUUCAAAAAGUUUGAGUUACAAUGUAGGACUAUUCCAAGGGUGCUGUUUAUCUCCAAUAGUAUUUAAUAUUGUAAUCAAUAUCCUAGUAGAUAAACUUAUCAGCAAUGAGAAAAAAUGGGGGUAUCGGUUUAAGUUCAAUAACAAAUACACGGAAUCCAUUUUAGCCUUCGCUGACGAUCUCGCAAUACUGACACGUCACCCCAAACACUGUCAAGUACUAUUGGAUGAAGUGGAUAAAUUCUGUGAGUGGACGGAUGGAUUGAGGACAAAACCAAGUAAAUGUCACUGUCUGUGUCUUGGUAGGCGGAAUACAAGAUACACCUCAUACGAUCCGGGACUAUCGAUAGGCGGUCAAUGCGUUUCUACGGUUACGGAAAAUGCACCAUUCAAGUUUCUCGGUCGUAACAUUGAUAAUAUAGGUCGUACUCCAUCUUUAGAAGGAAUAGUAGAUAGCUUUUUAAAUGAUCUCAACAAGGUAGAUAGCCAGCAGAUCAGUAACGUAAAAAAAGCAUGGAUCUACGAUAAUUACUUAACUUCACGUUUGAAUUGGCCUUUCCUCGUCUAUGAUUUUAGUAAAACCCUUUUAUCUAAAUUAGAUGCAGGCGUCAUAAAGAUGUUGAAGUUGUGGCUCGGGCUCGCGCUAACGGCUGACUCAUCGGCUUUAUUCAGGGAUCGUAAUAGUUUUGGGAUGAAUCUAAAAAGACCAUCGGAGCUCUACAAACACCUAAGAGUUUCCAAGAGACAUAUCCUGGGAAAAUCCCAUGAUGACGUCGUUACAUCACUCCCAAAAGACAAUGAUGCCCCAGAGCUAGAGUCACGACUUCAAUUCCAUAAACAAUUUAUGAUCGGAGCGCAAAAUAACAGAGUAGGGUUAGGAUCAAGUAGGAAAGUCCAAGAUACGGAUAUAUUGAAGUCUUUUAUUCGGCAAGACGAGAACGAUAAAUACAAGAUCCAUGCAAUGAGUUUAGAAAUGCAGAACGAUUGGUUAGACAUAGGAGAUUUUUGCAUUCCACUAGCACUAAAAUGGCGCACCCUAAUUCAUGACUGGUCGCCAGCCUUGCUAAAAUUUUAUCUCAAUGCGUUCCAGAUGACUCUCCCAGAUCAGAGUAAUUUAGUAAGAUGGGGUAAAGGUACCGAAAAAACUUGCUAUAUCUGCGGAAAGGCAGUUGGAACUGCCAAGCAUUUGCUGGUGGGAUGUAGGGUUCUCCUGGACAGCGGUCAAUACUCGCGUCGUCACGAUAGGGUUUUAGAGAUCAUACGUGAAGCGGUUAGUCUUUCGGUAGCCAGAGCGCAAAGGGAAAUAACCACAAACGAGCGAUCAAUAGGUUUUGUGAGAGAGGGCACCAGGGCUAUAAAAUCAAACGUCAAGCCUUACUCUAUCCUUAAAGCGGCUUCGGAUUGGACUAUCAUGAUGGAUACGUAUGAGAAACAAUACAAAAUCCCCGAGGAUAUUUGUGCGUCGGCCUCCAGACCAGACAUAUUUCUAUAUUCGCGUAUUUUAAAGCGCGUUGUGAUGAUAGAGCUUACGGUGCCUUGGGAAACCAACAUCCCCAAAGACCAUGCCAUCAAGGUCAAUAAGUAUUACGAGCUCACUAACGAACUAACUCGAAAUAGGUUCGUUGUUGAUUUGUACGCGGUAGAGGUGGGAGCGAGAGGUAUAACAGCUAAAUCUCUCUAUAACCUACUAAAAGACUUGGGCCUGUCCAGAACUAACAUUAAUUCAUUCUUAGAACGUACGUCGAAGGCAGCCCUAGUAGGUUCUUUUCAAAUUUGGUUAGGUAGGGAGAGGAACUUGGACAGUGGAGGUGAGCGUAUAACGCGCGUUAGUUAA